GCUAGCGCGUCUGGUUCCUCACCUAUUUCGUUGGACAGCCCGAGCGAGAAGAGAGAGGAAGAGCCACAAAUCUGGGGCACGGGACCGAAAUCGAUAUAACGCGACGGGAGACAGAUCGGCCAACGCUAUGGCAGGCGCAGCGUCGCCCGUCGCCGACUGGGACGAGCUGCGGAGAGAAGCACGGCGGAUCGAAGGCGACCUCGACGUCCGCCUCUCCUCUUACGCGAAGCUCGGAGGUUACUCGGAUCCGAGAAGCCCUGCGAGCGAUUCCCACUGGAAGUCGAUGGAGAUGGAGAUCGAGAUGCUGCUGGCGAGGCUGACGCAAGUGAACGAGGCGAUGAGCAGGUGUGCCUCAGCGGCCGCGCCAACGACCUCUGUGGCCCAGAAACUCACCAGGCAUAGGGAUAUCCUUCACGAGUUCACCCAGGAGUUCAAGCGAACAAGGGGUAACAUAAUGUCGAUGAGGGAGCAUGCCGAGCUACUUAUUUCAGUGCGCAAUGAUAUAAAUGAACACAAGGCAUCAGGCAGCACACAAUCAGCACCAAAUUUACUGAGAGAGCGUGCUGCUAUACAUGGAAGUAUUUCUCAGAUUGAUGAAGUGACCAGUCAAGCUGAGGAAAUGAAGGGUAUUUUGUUAGCUCAGAGAAGUACUUUCAGUGGCAUUCAGGGAAAAGUAAAGCAACUUAGCGACAGAUUCCCGAUGAUUCGCAAUAUACUAGGAAUGAUAAAGAGGAAGAAAUCAAAGGACACGAUAAUUCUCUCUGCUGUCAUUGCAGGAUGUACAUUAUUCAUCGUCAUUUACUGGUUCUCCAAGUGAUAUCUUAUUACCUUCGUAUUUCAGUCAACUCCAAACAUGGGCCUAUUUGUAGUGGUUUCAGAAUUAGGAUUGGCUUGCAGAAGCAAUCUUCAACAGGCCCACAUUUGCUAGUCAAUGGAUCAGGUGUUUCAAGUUCUCAAAUGAUUUCUGAAUUGAGUGUCCGAGGGUUCUUAUCAGAGCAUGGAUUCAGAUUAUAGCAGUCUCAUGGAGUAAAGAUUCUGGCAAUUUCUCAUGGAAAUUUUGUUCCUACUUCAAAUCUUUGUUGACGCAUUGGAUACAAUUUAUAGUUUGUUUAUUGAGUACGAAAGAAUUGAGUGGCUUGAAAUGAUGGCACCGUCAGCACUGAACAAUUUUUUAUAGUGAAUUUAGAAUGAUAAAUUUCAACAA